AGAAUAAUUGAUUUGAAACGAAACACUUCAUCUAUGGGCAUUGUAGAAAGGAUAGAAUAUGACCCUAAUAGUUCUUCUCGGAUUGCUCCAGUACGAUGGAUCAAGGGGGUCUGGGUCUGCCAGAGGAAAUUGAAAACGAUAGAGGAAUUCGCUCCGCCACAUAAGAUCCUCGAACGUACCACGACCACCAUCCACGACCUAUUUUCGUUCUCUUCUCUGCCCGGGAAUGUGGAUCAAAGAAAGGUAGCUUGGUUCUCUCCUGGACUGAUGGCGACUUAUGUAGUGGUCGACCCUCCUACCAGAAUGUCCCCUUGGUCGAAGAGCGUCUUGUAUAGUAAAGGUGCAGGAAGCAAAAAAACUUGCGCAAAGGAUGUCUUCUUCUCUACCCUCUCCUCUCCAAAGGCCAAGGGGGAGACUGUAUCCCUUUCCUUCGGUAGCUCUUUUGGUUUCCCAAGGGUAGCGGUAGCUGGGGCAAAGCCCACUUUCUUCGCUUCAUGAAUGAGAGAGAAGCUCAGAGGAAAAAACACGUUCUCUCUUUGUGAGGUCCAAAAGGGGAGAAUGCAUAGCAUUCUCUGGGCACAUGGGAUCAAACGUAAAGCAACGCUUUCUUGGCAGAGCUUUAAGCGGUAAGAUACUUUAAGGCUUGUUGGAGCUGCUGAGCAUAACGAAUCGAAGCCGAAGACGGAUCAAGGUAGCCUGCCUGCCAAGCCGAUAGGCGAAAGGCCAAAUGAUAGAGCGUGCAAAGUCGAUCGUGCACCUGUCACUUAUAUAAUAGCCAGUCAUCAAUUAGAAACAGAAAAAAUGGUGAUGAAUUGCGAUUGGUCCAAACCUUCAACCAGCGACUUAUUGCGACCCACACAGAAUGCUCAUCCAUACUAAGACCUUAUUCACACAGCGAAGAAAGGCCGAGUGGAAGGGGGCAGUCAGCUGGCUCGAGCGGCAGGAACUUUUGCUAAAAUAAUGAAGGAAACAGCACUCCCCACACUUUCUCUUAAGCUUGUGCGGCUACCCUACCUACCUUCGGGUGUUGAAAAACUCAUAGAUUCAUGAUGUCGGACUACUAUUGAAUUGGUAUAGUUUGCAAUCCCAACCACGAUGCACGUAUGCUUAGAAAUGCUGGACAAAGACGGAGACG